AUGCCCCGAGAUCCUUUAAUCGGACUGGUCGGCAAACCGAGCGCUGGCAAAUCCAGCACGCUCAACUCGCUAACAGAUGCUUCCUCUAAAGUCGGUGGGUAUUUCACCACCAUCGACCCCCAACGAGCGAUCGGCUACCUUCAGAUAGACUGCGCCUGCGCGCGCUACAAUGUUAGCGAAAGGUGCAAGCCAAACUACGGUUCUUGCGUCAACGGCAAGCGUAGUGUGCCCAUUGAACUGCUCGACGUAGCCGGUCUCGUCCCCGGAGCGCAUGAGGGCAAAGGGUUGGGCAACAAGUUCCUCGAUGACCUGCGACAUGCCGACGCCCUGAUACACGUUGUCGACGCUUCAGGCACAACAGACGCCGAAGGAAAGGUCACGCGCGGGUACGAUCCAUCCGUGGACAUUGCGUGGCUGCGCUCCGAGAUCGUGGCCUGGAUCAAGGGAAACCUUUGGGAGAAGUGGGGUUCAAUCAAGAGGAGGCAUAUUGCUGUCAAGGCGACAGCGGUGGAAACGCUCCAGGCACAGUUCAGUGGUUACGGGAGUACCGCUGCGGUGGUGGCGCGGACGCUGGAUAAGCUGGGGCUCAAGGAGCCGUUGGAGGAGUGGUCCGAGGAAACCGUCGACCGCGUUGUCAACGCCUUCACCGACGAGAAGUUCCCAACGGUGAUCGCACUCAACAAAAUCGACCACCCAGACGCCGACAAGAACAUUGCCAAGAUCGCCAAGAUGCAAGAUCCAAACUCCAUCGUCCUUUGUUCUGCGAUCUCCGAAAUCUUCUUGCGCAAGAUGGCGAAGCAAGGGUAUAUCAAGUACACAGAAGGCAGCGAGUUCGUUGACACGAGGGAAGACCUAAUAGCCGACGGCGAUCCAGACGGCGGAGGCUUGAAAGAGCUGGACGAGAAGAACCGGAACAGGAUAGAGAACCUGAAAGACAUGGUCCUUUACCGAUUCGGCUCCACGGGCGUCAAUCAGGUGCUGUCCAAAGCCGCCGAGAUCCUCGGCUUGGUGCCGGUCUUCCCAGUCAGGAAUACGACGACGUUUACGUCGGGUGCAAAUGAGUCGGCGAAUAAGGCGGUAUUCAGAGAUUGCGUGUUGGUCAAGAAGAACUCAACCGUAGCCGACGUGGCCAGGAAGAUUAUGGGUGAUGCGCCGAUUGCCUACGUCGAAGGUGCGGGCGGCAUCCGUGUUGCUGAAGACCAGAUUGUUACGGUUGGGAAGAAUGAUAUCUUAUCAUUCAGGGUAGGCCGAGCAUAAACAGCCGAAAGAGGAACAUAGCCCAGCUUAGUACACCCUCGCGAACUGAGUAUAUAGGUAAAAGGCAAUGCGUAAGAGUGUCAUAAACAGCUACCAAACAAGAGCGCAUGGAGGGACAGCAAAAGGAGCCUUAUCCUAUGAUAUGCAUCCCACAAAAUCCUUUAAACCAGCUUACUUGGAGAGCUCAUAAGAGCACAAGUGACCGGCGUAAUAGUACGAAUUUGGAGUAGCAGAAUGCUCAUAACCGCAAGGCAUGCGUUUCUGUUGUCGUUGAGCGCCUAUUAACCCCUUGAGCUCCUUCCAUUACAUAAAACCCCAUCUUUCCACCUACGUUCUCGUAAACCCGUUCGUUAAACGCCCAUGCCUCCCUAUCGUAAUUAAACUUGUCUCUUCUUUUCUCACUUUCUGAGCUUUUCCUCAUGCCUGCAACAAAUGCGUGCCGAAACGUCCGCGUAGAUCCCCCAGGGCGCAGCGCGUAAUUUCGACAAGGGGUAUCAUAAGGCGAAAACAAGCGCCGGAACCGUCGGGAAAAGGAAUCAACCUAUCCAUCCAGGUAUGGUGAUGUGCCCACACCACUUGGCUCCCGAUGUAACAUUUUCUUUUUCCCUUUCCUUCUCCUUCACGAACGACGACAAAAAACAAGAUCAAUUAGUUGGUGUUUCUUGUUGUCGUUGUUGUGUAGUUGCUCAUUUAAUACUUCAGAAUAAUGUAGAGAGCGUGGACAAUACCGGG